GAGUGUCGGGCUCCCUGACUGGAUGGUUGCUUGUGGCGCGCAGAGGAGCUGUUUGCAGCUGGAGCCGAGCGCGCCUGGCGGGGUGUCAGCAGCAGCUGUAAUGUGGAGCGGUCACGGUGAGGGUGGCUUUGAGAGUGGCUAUGGAGGGGCUUCAAUUAGUGGAGGAUACUCACAGUCCCCAGGUGGGUUUGGAUCUCCUGCAGCCACCCAAGGAGAAAAGAAACAGCGAUCCCGUUCUCAGAAUAUUGUGCCAUGUACAGUGUCUCAGUUAUAUGCUGCUGAGCAGAUUGAUGAGACAUUCAAGAUCCGAGAAGUAGAGAUCUCUCAGGUUGUUAUCAUGGGGAUAAUCAGACAGGCAGAGAAGGCACCAACCAACAUCCUCUAUAAAAUAGAUGAUAUGACUGCAGCCCCGAUGGAUGUCAGACAGUGGGUUGAUACUGAUGAGGCAGGGAGUGAAAAUGUUGUGGUGCCCCCAGGAACUUACGUGAAAGUGGCUGGUCAUCUUCGAUCAUUCCAGAAUAAGAAGAGCCUGGUAGCAUUUAAGAUCAUGCCCCUGGAAGAUAUGAAUGAGUUCACCACACACUUAUUGGAAAUCGUCAACGCACAUAUGGUCCUCAGAAAAAGCAUCAUGACUACAUCAAAAAUGCCUCAGUCUCUGGGCUCCUUUGGGAUGAGUGAUAUGGCAAGCUAUGGAUGUGGCAGUAAUGUGCCAGUGAAUGGACUUACAGCACAUCAGAGUCAGGUGUUAAAUUUGAUUAAAAGCUGCCCUGAUGCAGAAGGCUUGAGCCUGAAGGAGCUGAAAUCCCAACUACAUAACAUCAAUAUGACAACAAUCAAGCAAGCGGUUGAAUUUCUUAGCAGUGAGGGACACAUCUAUUCCACUGUGGAUGACGAUCACUAUAAAUCUACAGAUGCUGAAUAAAGGUGCUUCUGAAAGUUGCCCUAACUUGCUGGGUUUGGUUCCAUGCAAGCAUCAAUCUAUGCUGCACUUACAGUGCUAUGUGUACAUAUCUACCAAGCUUUUCUCUGCAGAAGGUGAUCUCUGCUACUUACAUCCCUUGAAAGCCGCAGUUACUCUGUGAGCAUCCAGAAUUCUCAAAGCAAGAGCAGCAAAAUAAAGAGCAGCAAAGCAAGAGCAGCAAAGUAUUCCCCUAAGCAGACUCAAAUAAUAUAAUGAGACAGUAACACUAAAGCUUAACCAGGUUUUCAGGGGAGAAAUGACCUCCGUGUGAAGAACUGGAAACUUCAGAGCCUUUGUUCAUCUAGUAUCCAUCUCAUAUAGCACCACUGGUAAGGGGGUGGGGGGGAGUGGGUCUGCCCAGCCUCGUUACUGGCAGAUUGUUCUGAAAUGGCUUCUCAGCUUGGCCAGCCUUCAGCCUCUUUAUGAAUUAAAGGUGGGAUAUUCUUAGAGAGCCUGCCGAGGUACAGUGCUUAAGAAUAGUUGUCUACUUUCUGUACUUCUUACAUCUAUAUUUGUAUUACAGGAUGAUCCUGUUAAUGAAACUUUUGAUAUUCCAAUAAAGCUUUUUAGUUUGGGAUGGA